GAGCUCGUUAUGUCCGGACGAGGCAAACAAGGAGGUAAGGCUCGCGCUAAGGCUAAGACCCGGUCUUCGCGGGCCGGGCUUCAGUUCCCCGUGGGCCGAGUGCACCGCCUGCUCCGCAAAGGUAACUACGCCGAGCGGGUCGGGGCCGGCGCGCCGGUGUACCUGGCGGCGGUGCUGGAGUAUCUAACGGCCGAGAUCCUGGAGCUGGCAGGCAACGCGGCCCGCGACAACAAGAAGACGCGUAUCAUCCCGCGCCACUUGCAGUUGGCCAUCCGCAACGACGAGGAGCUCAACAAGCUGCUCGGCAAAGUCACCAUCGCGCAGGGCGGCGUCCUGCCCAACAUCCAGGCCGUGCUGCUGCCUAAGAAGACCGAGAGCCAUCAUAAGACCAAAUAAGUAACAAGUUUCAGGAAGAAGCUGCAAAGAGAAAAAAAUACAAGAACUGGUUAGAACCAACUACACGCAAGAUGGCGGAAGAUUUGACUUCCAGUACACCUUGAGCCUCAUUAUAUGUUUAUUAGAAUACAUUAGUAUGCUAAAUGACACACCCACCAGCACCUUGACAGUUGACAGUUACCAUGACAACAAUGGGACAAGCUCGUACAAGCACUGAAAAGGAGGAUUGCAUCAGUUCUGGGCCUAAACCACACCGGUGUUCUCAGAUGAGUCAUGAAUAUUCCACCCAGUCUUUCCAAUUCCCUCCCUUCUAUCUCCAUUCUCCUAUAUAAGUAUUUGUUUCAUUAUUUGCCUUGUUCUAUAUUGUGCUAUCUAUUCUGUUCCAUUGGUUUAUUUAUCUAUCUCUGCAAAAAUACCACACAUAUUAAUCACUAUCCUUUAAAAUACAUCUGA